UCCUUCAUCAAUGCCUUCUCGCAGAUCGCUGUUUGCUUGUUCAAUCUACACCGUGGGAAACCUUACCUCCACGUCUAGCACUCGUUAACGCUGUGCCGUUAAUAAAUGCUCGCCACCACGAGGGUCGCCUCUCGCAUUCGUUUCUUUCUCUUCCCCUCUCCUUCCUUCAUUCCAUCUUCGCCAUGUCUACCGCCGAGAUGGAAAUGGACCAGUUGACCUCCGGUGCUAGCAACCGCAUCAUUCCAACUCUCAAAGCCCUCAGGGCGUCUUUGAUUUUCGUCUACACUUUCUUCCUCUCCUUCUUGUGGUUCCUCCUUCCUCGUCCUCGUCGCUUUUUUUUUCCUCCCUUGCACGGCACUCCGCCUUCCUCGCCUCGGAAGCAUCGCAAGCGGAGGUCCCUGUGGUUGAUCCGAGAGGAGGAGGACUCCCUCAGGAGAAGGGGCUUUGCCGAAGAUGUGCGCAUGGCCCGCGAUGAUGCUACUUGCCGAUGGGCCACUUCUCUCUUCUUUGGUCUUCGCAGUAACGCUCUGUUUUGCCGCUCCUGGUUUCCUGUUUCCGAUGAUAUUAAGGGAAUUCUCAUAAUCAUUCAUGGGCUUAAUGAACACAGUGGAAGAUAUGCUCAUUUUGCAAGGCAAUUAACUUCGUGCAACUUUGGUGUCUAUGCGAUGGACUGGAUAGGUCAUGGAGGGAGUGAUGGAUUGCAUGGUUAUGUUCCAUCACUUGAUCAUGUUGCUGCAGACAUAGGGGCAUUCUUGGAAAAGAUAAAGUUGGACAAUCCUGGGGUUCCAUGCUUUCUCUUUGGUCACUCCACGGGAGGAGCUGUGGUUUUGAAGGCGGCUUUCUACCCGCAUGUUGAAGAGAUGGUGGAAGGAAUUGUAUUGACUUCACCAGCUUUGCGUGUUAAGCCUGCUCAUCCUAUUGUUAGGGCUGUUGCCCCAGUUUUUUCCCUGGUUGCUCCAAAAUUGCAAUUUAAAGGAGCAAACAAAAGGGGUAUUCCAGUUUCCAGGGAUCCAGCAGCAUUGCUGGUCAAGUACUCUGAUCCUCUCGUCUACACAGGACCCAUAAGGGUCCGAACAGGGUAUGAAAUACUGCGGAUCUCUUCCUACUUAAUGCAGAACCUAAAAUCUGUGACAGUACCAUUCUUUGUUCUCCACGGAACUGCUGAUAAGGUGACUGAUCCACUUGCCUCACGGGAUCUGUACAACGAGGCAGCUUCACGGAUCAAAGAAAUGAAGCUUUAUGAUGGCUUAUUGCACGACCUUCUGUUUGAACCUGAGCGUGAAGAGGUAGCACAGGCACAGGACAUCAUUAAUUGGAUGGAAGAGAGACUAAAUAUAUCUUGAAAAUGUCAAUACUAGGGAAUAACCGGAAGGUAAACCACCACUGAACAGGCCCCUCGGGAUAAUGGUUUGGGGGAGUCUGAUAGGUCAUUCAUUUCAUGUUGGAUGUUAUAUAUACGUGUGUGAUUUUGUUUUGUCGGGAAAGUUGUAUUUAGUGAUGUUACAAGUCAUGUUGUUCGUCCCUCGUUUGCCUUUCGUGUAUGGAUGGGGUUCUAUUUCGUCGUAUCGUUCAUGAAAGUCGCGGGAGCUGUUCUCUUGCGCGUUCACGCAUUGGUCGUUGAAGCAAACAAGGGAACAAUUCAAUCAGAACAUCACGGGGGAAAAGAAACCACGUCUACAAAUGAUAAAUAAAUAAAUAGUGACUUCUUGCUAUUUUAUACAA